AUGGAGGCAUACAACAAGAAGGUUAUGAUUGUGGUGAUGCUGGUGUUGGGCAUUGUGAUGAUUGGGUCAGGGCCAGUCUUGACCAAUGCCCAGUUUUCGUUUUGUCGCAUGCCUAAAGAUGGGUUGAAGGCAUGCUUGGCUAGUGUGAGUGGGGACAACCCUGUUGAUCCUUCCUCUGAUUGUUGCUCAGCCAUUGGCAAGGCUGAUCUUCAAUGCUUCUGCCGUUACAAGGAUUCGGGGUUACUCUCUGUCUAUGGUGUUGAUCCCAACAAAUGCAUGGAACUCCCUGUUAAGUGCAAGGUUGUGAACUCUUUCCACUGCUAG